UUGAAAAUCCAUCUCACAAAUAAACUAAAUUUAAACUUCUUAUUGUGUUUCAUAAGUAAAGCUUUAAAGUUAAUAUAGAAAAGAUUCGGUGGUGUACUGCAAAACCCCUUAGACAGUGGAUAGACAUUUAACACCAGUUGGACGAAUUAGAAAUAUACCAGAUACAUUGGCUCGAAUUAAGUUGGAAUUGGUUGAAUACGAUUUCAGUGUGAGUUGAGGUCUUGAACAGUGACAAUACAUCGUGAUUAAAACCUGCUAUAAAAUGUCUGAUCUAACAGUCACAGCUUGAGGAGGAAUUAAAAAUACUUGUAGCGCAUUAUGACAGCGAACAAAGGGCCAUUUCUUGGAGCCCGUCAUCUUCAAACACUUUUACUAUACCUAUCGAUUGUGGUAAAUUAUGUUUCAAGACUUAACAUUGCAGUUUCAUUGGUCGCUAUGACCGAUGCCCAAACAACAAAUCCGAACUUUCAUGAAUUCGAUUGGGAUGAAAAACAAAAAUCAUACAUUCUUAGCAGCUUCUUUUGGGGCUAUACUGUAUCACAGAUUCCCGGAGGAUAUGCAGCUAGAAGAUUUGGUGUCAAAGCAACUAUUCUAAUUGGAACAUUUACAAGUGCAAUUUUGGGACUUUCGAUACCGUUUUGUGUAUUUUGGGGAGGUUGGCAAAUCUAUUGUGUAAUUCGUCUUUUUCAAGGUUUAUGUCAGGGUAUACUUUUCCCCUGUGUUUAUCAGCAUCUUGCAAUGUGGUCACCUAUCGAAGAACGAAAUCGUCUUGGAGCGCUAAGUAAUACAGGUAUUGAAAGCGGUACAAUCAUAUCAAUGUACGUUACUGGCAUGAUUGCUGCAUCAGAUUUAGGAUGGCCGGGAAUUUCGUAUGUUUUCAGUGGAACUGGAGUGGUUUUUAGUUUAAUUUGGUUUAUAUUUGCUGAAAAUAAUCCAGCUGAUGCAAAGUUUAUAACUGCCGAAGAAAGAAAUUAUAUUCUUACUUCUCAAGCAAGUGCUGAAAAUACCCAAGAAAAGGAGAAAAGUAUUAAAGUUCCAUGGAAAGCUAUUCUAACUUCCGGUCCGUUUAUAUCACUUUUAAUAGUUCGAUCAUGUGAUAGUUGGGGUUUUGUGACAAUGCAGGCUCAAAUUCCAGCUUAUCUUCAUGGAGCUUUGAAAAUGGACAUUACCAAAAAUGCCUUCUAUUCAGCGUUGCCUUAUGUGGCGACGUUUGUGUUAGCGUUUACUUUUAUGAUAUCAGCAGACGUAAUAUUGAAAAACGGAUGGUUUUCAUUGCUAGUACUACGAAAGGUUUUCAACACGAUUGCUAUGUGGGGUCCAGCAGCUUUCUUAGUUGGUAUUGGAUUUCUUAGUGAAACCCAAACUGCCUUAGCUAUAGCUUUUAUAACUAUGAAUGUUGGUUUGGGAAGUGGUGCCAUUAUUGGGAGUUUAUUGAAUCUUAUCGAUUUAUCGCCAAAUCAUAGUGGAAUUUUAAUGGGUAUUGCUAAUACCUUGUCGAGUGUUGUUCCAGUUUUUUGUCCAAUUGUUGUUGGACUAAUUGUUAGUGAUGAGACCGAUCGAACACAAUGGCAGAUUGUGUUUUUAAUAACAGCUGCAUUAUAUUUCUUGGGUAACUUGCAGUUUUUGUUUUUUGCACAAACUGAUGCACAGCCAUGGGAUAGUGAAGAUUUUAUGACCAAAAGUGAUAAAGAACGAGGAGAUGUUAAAAUGGCGAAAACAACACCUGUGAAAGAUAGUUAGUCUUUGUUUGUGGAUCAAACUAUCUUAGAAGCUUAAGUUACAAUUUUUGUUAAGUAACAAAGUGAAUGAAA